UUUGAAGCGAGCAGAAGCAAACUGAUGAAUGCGACGAUAUCUUUUCGUCGAGAAAGGUUUUUUUUUUCCGUCGUCGUGGGUUUGGCCUGGUUCCAUUAGAAGCCCCUUCUCCAUGGUCUGAUGCCAAAAAGACAAGAGUGAAUCUGUGGGGAGACGAGUAGUCAAGGAAAACAGCAGGAUACAAGACUCUUGUGUUGUCCGUCGGAAUUACUUUGAAGAAAAUCGUCUAACUGUGGACUCAAAAAGUCGGUAGAAUGCAAGCUGAUAUCAAAACUCCCGUGAAUUCCCAGAUGAAUCGCCCCUUGUGUUCCAUAUUGAGCUGUGUCAUUAAUCAGGUGAUGGUUCCAGCGACGCCACUAGAGCCAAAAGAGUUUCAUGAAUCUGUCGGAAGCAAUGACAGUGCUAGCGAAAUAGCCAAGCCCCCUAAUAUUCGAGUGCCUGUGUUGAGGGUCUUUGGACCGAUCAUCAGAGGCGAUGCGCCAUCGGGUGCAGAUCCUGUACAAUCUGCUUGUCUGUACAUACAUGGAGCAUUCCCUUACAUGCUUGCAAGACCUGUCACAGCGGGGCCCGACGGGUCAUUGCAUCACUCCUCUCAUCUAAUGAGAUCAGGCAAUCAAUGUGAAAACCAACCAACUCCUCCUCUCACUAGCUCGGGACAUGUUGAUUGGGACGAUCCUGAGGCAAUCAAAGGCAUUGCAAGUUCCAUCGAACAGACUUUGGAGUCUGCUCUGCAGGCCACGGUAAUGAGCCCAUCCAAGAACAAUGACGAUGGUGCCGCAGAGACAAAGGCCAAGGAAACUUCAGCAGGGCCUGCCAAGUUCAUUAGAAGCGUGACAGUGGUCUUGGGACGUGGGUUCUAUACCUUUUGCCCGGGGCCUGCUGCUCCCUUUUUGCGAGUGGAGUACUACGACCCCAAAAUGAAAUACAAGGUCAAGCUGUACUUGGAGAGGGGGCUUGAACUCCCCCGCAUGUAUCACCCAGACCCACAACAAUAUGAUGCAGUGGGUGACUUGCCUGCUGCCGACAGUAGUCAGUUGGGAAUGGACCCUUUGUCAUUUCAUUGCUAUGAAGCACACAUACCGUACACGAUGCAAUUCUUCAAAGAUUGGAACUUGGCAGGGGCCUCGUACAUUCAUGUCUCAAAAGGCAAAUUUCGACGUACGCUCCCCUCGGCUGUUCGCCGUCGUUGGGAGAAGGAUGGUGACGACGGCGGAACUUCUGCCGACAGGCUGGCAUUCCUCAGUUUCAACACGCCGAAGGACUCCAUCUGGAACCAGGAAAGCAACCAAGGAGAUGAUGCCAGUUCCACUGUGGAAAAGACUACAGCGUCCGAGAGACGCGACUCGGGCAUAGACAAACAGUCGACCGUGACAACCAGCAUGAAAACCAAAUCACUCUCUUUGUCUCAACAACAGCUGAAGCAGUACUGGGCAACCAAAGAAACCAGUUGCGACGUUGAAAUUGACAUUGCAUGUGACGACAUCAUGAAUAUCCAGUCAGUUAUCACGGUUCUUCCAACCGAUGAAGUCGAAAGUCAAAACAUUCACUGGAGAGCGGUACCCAGUCUGAGAGAGAUAUGGCAAGAGGAAAGGAGAAGAAUGGCCAAGCUUUUGGAACCUCAGCACGACUUUCUCAGCCGCCCGUCUGCUGCCGAGGAGGAAAAGAAGAAGAAGGAACAGAGCCAGCCUCCUUUCACUCUAAGUGUCAAGAAAGGUGCGUCUACUCCAGGUUCCAGGCUGGCCGCAAAAGGAAUGCGACGCCUGCUUAGAGUCACUGAGGGUCUAGAGAGUGCUUUUAUGCGAGCAUUGAAGCAAAUCGUGCAGCGACACUCUGCAGCAAUAUCGCAAGUAGAUGGGUUGCUAAAGUCUUCGCCGGCCACACGGAGUUCACCAGGGACACCGCACUCCACUAACAGUUCUUCACAGCUGACGCCGACAAUCAACGAUGCGCUGGGGGCGAUGGGGGCCUUGGCAGGUCAGUUUGGAAGUGCUGACCCGAACGAGCCGAACGAGGAGUCUUCCCAGUCGGAUGCUUCCGGUGCCACCGUCGAUGAUGAAGAAAGCACCGAGGAGCUAGCUCGCGAUUCUGAUCCAAGCAAAGACGGUAGCUUCACCCAGCUUUCCCAGAGUUGCUACACUCUACUUCGUGCUCCCGGGACUCCCAUCACUGAAGAAGCUUGCUUCAACCUGAGCCAGAGACUUGAGCGUGGCGACGCCAUCGUAGAUGGUCCGUUCAAUAGCACAAAGGACUUUGUUGACCCUCAGACCCUGGCGCCGCGGGAAGACGACGAUGACGAAGACGUCUUUCUGGACGAAGAGGGCAGAGAGCUGGAUGAAGCCGGCGUAGAACGUGAAUUAACCCUCCUUGCCACUCAAAUGCACUGGCAUAAGGACAAUCCUGAGCUGGAACAAUCCGCAGUGGAGGGCUCUGAAUGGGAGAAAGCUUCAGAAUAUUCGCCCUUGGAUUCCACAUCUCACGACGUUUCAAGCUCCAACAGCUCUGCAUCCAGUAUAGCUUCUGGGGGGAGUUUGGAUGGUUCCUCUGUUGAACGUGGAAGAAAAGCCAACGGACAAAACACCUCUGCAUCCUCGGCAGUGUCCAAGCCACCUUCUCGGGGCGCAUUCCAAUCGGGUGUGUAUCUUCAUUCAUUGCCAGAAAGUCGAUCAACUGCGUCUUGGCUGGAACACGCGAACGCAUACGAAACGUCUCGAAAUGCAGCAAGCGUACAAUCAAACUGGAUUCCAUCCACAGCUACAACAAACAGGUUUUACAUUCAGCCGACGAAGCCACCGCCUCGCAGGGACGAAGUUAUGCAUUGGUGUCGACAAGAAGCAAAACGGACGGUGUCAGAGGGAGCAAAGCCCGACGCAAAGAAAAUAAAAAUGUCCAACUCAAGGAAACUAAGAGAAGUCGUAUCUGCAACCCAUCAAGUUGACGACAACACUGGUAAAGUUAUUCUGGCUAAGCCUCAUUCGGAAGGCUCCGAAGUAGCGAACUAUGAGCAAGUGGAGGCAGUGAGCUUUGUGCAAAGUCAGACACAAGCUUCUGCAAUGACACAAGAAGAAGGAGAGCAGCGAAAGCUUCGGCACGAACCGAAGCAAGAGGGGGGUUCAAAAAAACCAUGGCUCACGGCGGCCUCAGCGAUGGACUCGCAAUCAUUGGCAAGGGUAGCCGCAGAUCUUUCCAACGUAUCGCAAGUCAAACAAACGGCCGAUCCGGAUCAAAAGGCAUUGCAGGGAAUGCAGAAUCAGGGUGGUAAACUGGUUGUGGAAGGUGGUGGCCAGCUGAAGGCUAAAACACGCCCUAGUCAGUCUGUUGCCAAGCAGCAUCAGGAUGAUGCCCUUUCAGAGGGUACUGGUUUUGAUGAUCGCUACUUACCAUUGCCUCUGACAAUGAUGUCCAUCGAGAUUCAUUGUCAAUGCAGAAGGGGACGAGCCAGUGGCCGUUCCACACAUGAAAUAGCAAUGACGCCUGACCCUGACAGGGACAAGAUAUUUGUGAUUGCAUAUGCAUUUGCUAGGGAUCCAGGGGGUGGGGGUGCACUGGAAAUCCUAGAACGAGGGUGUCUGUAUGUUCCCAUCACUGUGGAAGGCCAAAUCCAUGAAACCUUGUCGGACAUUCAAAUGAAGUCGAGCAUGCCACGACAAAUCCUAGGAGUUACGGCGCCGCUGACAAUACAGCAAGUCAAGGACGAGAAGCAACUGCUCCUGAGACUAGCAAGUGUCGUUCGAUGGAAAGACCCAGACAUGCUGCUGAGCUGGGACACUCAGGGAGCGGGGUUGGGGUACAUUAUUGAGCGUGGGGCUAAGUUGGGGGACCAGGGUGUUGCUUCAGAUAAACUUGAUAUGGCCAGACUGUUGGGUCGUAUCCCAACAGUUAGCGUUUAUGACAAAGCCAAACGAGGCACCGGUGAAGAGCUUUGGGGGACGUCAGGAGGUCAGCAGGAUUCGGGCAAAGAAAGCAAGCCAGAUCCAGCUUCUUGGGUAGGCUCUGGAUUGGGUGCUGAUUGGGACGAGAGCGUCGGUGCAGGAAAGAUCGCAUCCAGUAUUGUUGGGCGCUUGGUGUAUGCGGGUUGGAAGAUCAUCGCCGAGGAAGUCAAACACCCCAACUAUUCGUCGCUCUGCGCGAUGGUGUCUGCGGUGCUCUCCAAGCGCAUCCCUUUCCAUGAUGAAGUCAAUCUGACCAACUGGUAUGCUUGCCUGAAUGGCCGCGAAAGAUGGAGAGUGCUAAAUCAUAGAUUGGCGCAGUGCACAGCAACUGUAUUGCUCUUCGAUGCCCUUGACAUUGUUGGACGGGCUGGGGAGGCGGCGAGAUUGAGUGGUGUCGAGUUCUCGCAGAGUUUCCCUGGCAUCAGAGGUAGUCAAUACAAGGUUGAGGGUGUUUUGCUCCGGGCACUGCAAAGUCUUGACUCGGAGGAAAGAGGAUGCAAACUGGGACAGCAAACUUUCCAGGGGGGAGGGACAUCGUCCACAAGUCCAAGUGAUGAAAGCAAAUCACAAGCUACGAGCCCAUGGAAAAAGCGGAGGAGUCGACCAAAGGAAGAAGAGAAACCUCCUCGUCACGGCUACUUUUUCUUCUCUCCGUCUCUACAGGACACGGAAAAGCAAGAGGCUUUGGAGGUCCAGGCGUUGAACCUGGAGCCCCAGUCGGGGCAUUACUCCGACCCCGUUGUCGUGUGUGAUUUCACGGCUCUUUAUCCAUCGCUCGUAAUUGCAUAUAACUUAUGCUACUCGACCUGUGUCGGGAAGCUCAAGUACCACACGACAAGGCCUGAGAUGCUUCAGGAGGGAAAGACUACUGGUCGCAUUGGACCUUUCCUCUACUCGGAAAGCAGAACGGCUACUGUGCUAAAACACCAUCUCAAAGCAAUCAACGAGACAGAAGAAGGGGGAAAAGAUUGCUUUAGCUCCAAAGAUCGAGUCUAUAUUUCUCCUACGAGCACUCUGUAUGUAUCGGAAUCGGUUGUCAAAGGAGUGCUACCACAGGUGUUGGACGAGCUUCUCAGUACGAGAGCCAUGUUGAAGAAGGCUUCCAAGGAAUACAAGAAACGAGUACAGGGCCUGUCUCCAUCCAUCCUGAGACAGCUCGAGGCCCGUCAGCUGGCCUUAAAAUAUGUGGCCAAUGUCACGUAUGGCUAUACUUCGGCCACAUUCUCAGGAAGAUGCGCUAUGCCAGUGCUAGCCGAUACUAUUGUUGAGUGCGGUCGCCGUACGCUCACGAAUGCUAUGAGACUAGCCAACUCAUGGGGAAAGGAGCCCGGAGGAAGAUGGGAGGGAGCCAAGGUGCUCUAUGGCGAUACGGACUCUGUUUUUGUAAAGCUACCGGGGCGCUCGGUCGAGGAGGCAUUCGACUUCGGCGAAGUAUUUUGUCGUGAAGUCACAGCGAGCAACCCCCCUCCUGUUCAGCUAAAACUAGAGAAGGUGUAUCUCGGAUCAAUCUUGCAAACCAAGAAGAAGUACUGUGGUAUGGUAUUCGAAUCAAAAGACAGCAAGAACCCCUAUUUUGAGGCAAAGGGUCUGGAAACGGUGAGAAGGGACCAGUGUUCUCUUACGCAGAAGGUGCUGCGGAACAGUCUGAUUAUGCUCUUCCGACAUGGUGUUGCCGCCGUGAAAGAUUAUCUUUUUCGCCAGUGGUCGCUCAUCAUUGCUGGGCGGUUGCCGGUGUCGGAUUUCAUUCUCACUGGACGAGUUCGGAGCAAGUAUCGAAAUGGAAGCCUGGGUCCGGUUCAGGCCGGUUUAUUUCGUCGAUUGGCUGAGUCCGACCCUGGACUGGUGAUGAAGAACAAGGAACGGAUCGAGUACGUGAUGGUCGCAAUGCCUGGCUCUUCGUACAAGCUUCGUGAUUGCGUUGUGACUCCAAUGGAGUUGCUCGAACAAUGGGACGCCUACACAGUUUUCUCGUCGUACUACAUCAAAAGGCACGUCAACGCUGCAUUGCAAAGGUGCUUCGGCCUGGCCCCACACACCAUUGAUAUCAAUGCUUGGUUUGAGAGUUGCCCCAAGCCAAGAAAGCGUGUUCACUUUUGGCCUGUAGCCAGGACAGGAAGCAGUUCCAUGAUUUCGUCAUACUUCGGCACCGAUCGUUGUGGCCUUUGCGGUGGCAAAUGCCAAGCCCGGGGACGCGCACGGGCUGUGAUAUGCCCGUCCUGUAGAGAAGACGAAGUGAAGGUUUCGAUGGUUGCCAAUCGGAAGCUUCAGAGACUGCAACGUGAAGCGAACGCAGUCGCAAAGGCUUGCAGCGCCUGCAACCUGUGUUUUGAGGACGCCACUACUUUUGCUCCGUUGCGGACUAAUGACAACAGCACAGAGCUGGUGUUAUCUACUAGUAGCGGGAAGCGGCAACAAGGAGUGGCCACUCCGCUUGCUGCCUGUACCUCGACGGACUGCCCAAAUACCUACCAGCGGCACCGGCUACGUGAAGACUGCCUGGAAGCCGAAGCCAUUUGCCUCACGUUGGAGUCCUUACCACCAUGAGAUAUUGAGUGCGUUUGUGUUUGACGUAGUUUCUGCGCGUCGUCGUGCGAGUAACAAGAAUUCGAAGUUCGACAAUAUGAAGGCACUUAAGAAUUGUUACUACUACUGCUAGAUAUUUCAAAGAGUGUGGCAAUAGGGUAGAAGCAAAAAGGAGAUAUGUACAAGACAGGAAGCAAUUUUGCGUCAGUUGAUCCUUCCUGUCACUGCUCCACUCUGAUACAGGAGUGCUAUGUACAAGGAGCUUGGUUGAGAUGUGGUCAAACAGUGAGUUUGAACAAUGGUAGCAUGAAGGGAAAAUGGAAUGUAGAGUUUCGCGUGCGCGGUGCUGUAGCAUUGCCCUGGAGGGUGUCCGACGGUGUUUGCAUCGAGUCUCCGAGGCCACAAAGCACAGGUGGCACUGAACGAACACUCGAGGUGGUGAGGUGUGUAGCGGAUGCGAACAUACAGGCGUUUUGUCUCGCUGGCAAUUUUGCCAGAGUGUGAAGUUGUGCAGUCAUGCGCUGAUGCCCCUGCUGAAGCCAAAGAGAAGCGUUGCUUCUUCAAGGGUGGGCAGAUCGUGAUCGUAGAUAUCCUGCGCAGCUACACAAGCCUCCCUCCAUAGCUCGAGGCUCUCACGGCGAAACUUCUUUCUUGGAGUAGUUUCUCCCUCUUGACGAGCCCGCUUGAUGGGAGCAUUGGGGGUCGCAGUCAUGCCGCCUUCGUCUAGGAAGAGCUUCAGGUACUUCCUCUUGAGUCGGACAAUCUCAGCAUCACGACGGUUUUGAACCUGAAUGAAGGAACGAAAGGGUGUACAUCCACGUUGAAUCGGUACGUCAACAUGACAUUCUCGUAUGUGCAUAGGAUUCUUUCUCUGGGCACAGUGGAGAGAAUGGAGACAUCGGCAAUGGUGGGCUUGACUCCAUUGAGGGGGUGGAGGAUGUGAACAUCCACCGUUUCAGUGCGUGCCACUGAUCCUCCUUCAGAUGCCGCCACUUCCUCGUUCGAAUCGAAGUUGGCCAGUUCAUCUUCAUUUCCCGAGGAUGAAUAGACACUUCCCGUCUCGGACGAACAGGACUCACUGCUGGAAGCAUCACUGACAACAACUUGCAGCUGAUCGUCAGCAGAAGACUUGAGGAAAGAGGCUGCAGGAGACGAAGUGGCCAAACGUUCUCGACUAACGCUUCGUGCAAACUUGAGUUCCGGAGCAACCGUCGUCAGUGUGGUCCCCAGCCUUGGAAGCGCCGUUGGCGGUUGGAGGGCCUUCACUUCCACAACAGACUGAGCAGCAGUGACAGCGGCAGCCAGCUGUGGCUGACUUCCACUGCUGAUGCUCAGGCUGGACUUGCGUCUGAUCAAGGACAUGGUGGCUCCUGCAGCAACAGGUAGCUGAACUUGCUGUUGCAGGCGAGCUUCCACCCUCGGUUUCCAAUACCUCUUGCGGUUAUUGACAAACCAGUUGGUCAGCUGCUUGAGUUCAAUGCCAGUAUCGGCCAUGAUCUGCUGCUUUUCCUGUUCCGUGGGAUACGGAUGUGCAAUGUGCUCGGGGCUCAUCAUCCAGGCCUUGAGGUAGUCCACCGUCUCGUGCGAAAGUGAAUUCGACUUCUUCUUCUUUUGAGGGGGACUUGCCUUGGAGGAGGAACAUGGGGAGGACAUCUUCUUUGGGGAGGUGGGGGUGGAUGGCUUGAAAGCGAUUGCAGUGGUGGAUGGAGUUGAAGGUGUCUUUAAUGAGGACAUCUUUCUCAGUAAUAAUAAUGUAUGAUAGGGUAUCAAAUCAAUCAGCUCAGGAACAGCGAGAUUAAGAAUCCUUUUUGUCCGAUUAAUGAGGAGUGACAGAGAGUUGAUGGGUCAAUAGUGUGAGAUACUUUUGAGGCCAGAAGCAGGAAAUUCAUUUAUGCAAGCAACAACCAAUCGCAGCAAUUGGAAGAUCGAGUGUCCACACGAGGGACAAGGCGUGUGUCACAGUAACACCUGGGCAUCCGAGAGAAUACGUCGCCAUUUCACAACGAGCAAGCCCGCCUCAUGUUCAAUUUCUCUAAGCAAAAAGAUCGAAGGGGCUCUGACGUGUUCAAGGCAACUGCAACAAAGACACCACCGUCACUGAACCCGAUCCAAAGUGGUACGUCGGCCAAUAGAACUCCAAAGAGAACAUCUUUGCAGCUGGGUCUUUGAGCAAGGGGAGACACCCUGUCACAGACUUGAUGGGCUGACGUUGCACCGAAGGCGUCGGAAGCCAGCUGCUUAAGCUGCACUGGGGCAGUACCGGGCAAUCUGCAGUAACUGUGCAAUACCUGCCUCCGACCUUACGCUGGCUCCCCGCGAAAAAUGAGGGACCAUGGUGAUGGUUGUGCUCAAGGACCGCGGGGUUCUGGCAGCAAUCCUUCGAGGGAAGAAAGAUACUGCCUGAGCCAAGCCACUUUAGUCGACAUCACCCUUCAGUGCAAUGCUACCGGUAGCUAUGCGCUUAGGCAGAUUUGGUAACCUUUGUUUCCGAAGAUGUUCUGGUCACUGAAUCAGACGAAAUAGCGUCUCUUCCCACGGAGAACCCAGGGCUGGACUGGCUGCCCAUCCACAUCGAUCCUGAACCAGGGCUCGGGGAGAUAAUCUUUCCAAGCCCUGCGAACGAGAAAGAGGAUUGAACGAGGCAAACAAAGCUUCUUGCCACGAAAACCAACUGCAAAACCGUCGCAAGUUGGAAUCCAGAACAAAGACGAGCCAACAGGGGACGAAUUCAACGACAUCGUAAUACACACCAAGUACUCUUGAUUCUGCUUUGGUAUCUUGGUAUCUUGGUGCCGCAUCGAGCGCCAUCAAACGAAAAGGAUUCUAUUGCUUACCUUAGCUUGCUGUGACAGUUUCCUGAUGGAUGUCAGGCAAAAUUUUUGGUGAGGAGAAAGGAACGGAGACACGCCUUGCAUAAAGAUACCCACGAAGGCGAAAAACUUGCUUUCCCGCCCAUCAUCAUCACAGCACAGCGGUCUCGGGUUCAACCUUCCCAAGAAAGAGGAGAUUGCCCUUUAGAAUUUAGAAGACAGUUAUCAGUACCAGAAAGGGUUCUCUGUAGCGUUGGUACUUUUGCCUACGCACGGGUGUUUCUUUCAACGGUUUUUUGUGUGACACGUUGCUUUUGAUAUUUUUGGGACAUAGAGGGGAGAACAUUAUUUUGGGGGUAUUGGGAUAUUCAGGAAGCUUCGGAAUAAUGUAAAUAAAUGGAAUUAUGACUUU